GUGAACAGUGACCAAGACAAAUUUCCACGUUAGCGUUUAUAUUGUUAUUUAGACAUGUAUUACACCAUGGAACUCAGAAUAUGAGUCAUUUAACUGCAGAGUAUCAUAAACUUAUCCCAGGUAGUCUUUAAUUCGCGUUGUAGACAGGACUUGGUUGAUCGAUCAGUUAUCUAGGUAACGAUAUCAAGCUGCUAAUGUUAGCUAACAAUGGCUAACUGUAUGGUUUUUCACACUCAAAUAGCCUCCAUUAUGGAGGUGCUAGCGAAUGCAGCUGUGGCAGAGGUCUGUAAACUGGUAGACGACGACUAUGCAGUGUUUCGUUUGGAAAUAACUCAAAGCCAGAAAGAAAACAGUGCAUUGCGAAGGAAAGUACAGCUACUCGAACUGAAGAUGGUACGGGAGCGCGUCCUCGCCACUCGCCCCAGUAGUGUCAAAAUCCUUGACCGAUACAGAGGAAUGGCAAGAGGUGAAGGACAUCUCACUGGAUGCCACAGGAGCUUUGUGAAGCCAGCAGGACACAAUACAUGGAGAGAUGACCAGCCAGUCACUGUUGAUGAGGGGAGUGAAACCUCAACCAAGAACAUUAUCGUGAUAGAGUCUGCAAAUGCAGAGGCUGCAGGUUCUGGGGUCAAGCUGGAGAGAUCUGAAGGAGAUGAGGACCCACUGCACAGCACAGACAUCCAGACUGGAGCAGCGCAUGGAGUGGCGCUCCCUGUAGCCACCGAGGACCUCACCACCACUGCUGCGCCCCAGGCCAGGACCCGAUGCAGUGUCACGGAGGUCAGUGGAACGCCGAACGCCGUCCUCAAGGCAGAGACGGAGACAGAAACAGAGACUUUAAUUGUAACACAAAGGCUAUUACACACAGGAUCUAACCACCGAUCAGACCCCGAGAGACUGGGCUGUCUUCCUGCUCCACGCUCAGAGCAUUUAAUGGUAUUUCACCAGAGGCAGGGGACAGUUAAUUCCCGUGGAGAUGGUGAUGCAUUAGACACUGGCGUUGAUGAUCUGUCUUGUUCUUACGCUACAGAGAUGGACCCUGGCAACAUGCCCUUGGGUUUAGAGACCCAGACUGAUCUGUCUAGAGGGGACUGGAACCGGUACAGUAGUAGUGUAUAUUCUGAAGGGUGCCUAGAUGAGAAAGGGGAUGUUAUAGUGGUAGAUGAGGUGACUGUGAAAGUGGAGAGCGACGCUCCUCCCACAUGGAAUGCAAAAAGUCACCUAGGAGAUGGACACUCACAGGACAGAGAUUUCUUAGAUUACAGGGGAAAUCUAAAUGUCGCCACCCACUCCCCUUUACACACGUUCAGGGAUCGCGACCCAGUGUCCACAUCAAUGGAACCUUCCGAUUCACAUGGCCACGUGAUUUUUGAUCAGGUAUUACAUUUAAACGAUAGGGCUGUAUCCCAAGCUCGUGGAGGGGGAGCAACAACGGUCGGGAAAGAGAAACUGGCUAACUGGAAUGCAGACGAGACUCACUUAGGAGAAGGACACUCGCAGGGCAACACUAGUGACUUUUUAGACUACAGGGAAAGUUUAGAGACAAAUCUAAAUGUCGCAACCCACUCCCCGUUACACACAGUGUCCAUGUCGAUGGAACCUUCCGAUUUGCACGGCCGUGUUUUUUUCAAUCAGGUAUUGAACUCAAACGACCAAAGGGCCAAGGCGCGGAGAGGGGGAGCAACAACGGGCGGAAAAGAGAAGCGGUUCCUCUGCAUGUUCUGUAACAAAGGCUUCAGCUGCUCCCAGAAGGUGGAGAUCCACCAGAGGGUCCACACAGGGGAGAAACCUUUCAGCUGUGCCCAGUGUCACAUGUGCUUCACCCAUGCUGGCAACCUGAAGAGGCACCAGAGGGUCCACACAGGGGAGAAACCUUUCAGCUGUGCCCAGUGUCAUAUGUGCUUCGCUCAGACUGGUGACCUGAAGAGGCACCAGAGAGUCCACACUGGAGAGAGGCCUUUCGCCUGUACGCACUGUGGGAAGAAGUUCUCAGAGAGGAGCUACCUCAGGAUACAUCAGCAGAAAAACCAUCCCACUCUAUAACAUAGAAAGUAACCAUUCCACUCGAUAGCUUCUGAUGUUUAGAUCAAAUCCUGCAUUAAAGACAAAGAAUCAUUUUAAUUGUUGUCAGCAGAAAAGAUCCACAGAUGAAUUUGGAAUAACGAGAGUAACAGAUUUCAGUGUAGAAUAUUGCAUCCAGACAUUGUUUGAUAUAUAAGGCAUAUAUAAGCCUAAAAUGUCUGUUACAUAUUGUGUUUGUACUGCGUAGGUUAUAUAACUAUUUAAUUGCUUCCAUUCAACUACCUAAUUUUUUCCCCAAGACACUUUUAAUGAGAAAAUGAUUUCAUUUAUGCAGUAUAUCAAGUUCAUGAUCAUUUUUAUUUGAGGCAUGUGUAUACUGUAUGUGGUUUUCAUAUGGUGUAUUUAAAACUUGUUCAUCUUUAAUAAACACAAAAUGGGACUUUUCAUUCUAAGACUUUCACGUCACAUCUGAUCUCACCCUAUUCUGCAAACACCCGACAGCGCUUUAUAUCCAAUAUACACUCACUAAAUAUACACUACAAAUCAAAAGUUGGUGUUCACUUAGAAAUGUUUUUGAAAGACAAACACUUUUUUU